AGCACAAAAUGCAAUUUUAUUUCCAUCUGAGUAACAUUCAUAUUUGUCAAGUUUAUGGCAGCACACAGCUGUUAAGUGUAAAGACUUAUGUCAACUUUGUACGCAGGGAGAAAGGUAAGCACCUAUGGCCCGCUACACAUACCAUUUGAUGUAUUUACUUAGUCAGCUUACUAAAUCCUGUAUCCGCUACUAACGUAUGGCCAGUUUAAGCCAUUUCUGCUCAGUAUUUCAUAAAGAUUUCAUAGGAACCUCUUCGUGCUUUUUCUUGUUGUUGCUUUAUUUAGGCAUGGAGUCGUUUUGUCGUCACUUAUUGAAGAUCCAGCCUAACUCGAGGACAAAUCUUUCGGUUUGUUCUUCGUGUCUAUCUUUAGCGCAUAAUAUUUUCCCCAGCAUUUAAAAUAUUUUCCUCGCUCCCUCAAGAAUCUUUAAAAAACACAGACAAACACUAUUAAAAACAACGCCUGUUCCCUUAAAAUCUCCCAUUAGUACUUAAAAGGAUCUUAACAGUUUCUUACCCAAAGAAUAUGAUAUAAUAGAAUUACUAAUCCAUGAAAUCCUUUUUGUUUGCAAUCACAUUUAGUGCAAAUUAGCUGCAUUAUCCUAACUAUUUACUAGAAUUCCCCCUCAUUACCCUUGCUUCUUUUAAUUCCUGUCCCUGUUCUACGUUUUACCAGUCGGACAGUUAUAGCCCCUAUUCCGAGGGGGGAAAGGGGGGGAGGGGAGUUAAGAUCUCAGCGAUACCUGACAUGAUCGAUUAGCAUAUUUCCGUUUGCUUCUCCAAAACCCUCCAUAUUUAUGCUUGUAUAUUUACACAAUUCACUCCCCUCGUUACGCAUAUAUUUUUCUUAAACCAUCUGACCUUCCCUUGGUGUUAAAUUCUACAAAAUCAUUGAAAUUUGAACCAGCCAUUAGUGACCUAUUUGUUUUCAGCGAAAGUACAAGUGGUUUGAGCAUGCAUGACCACAAUGCGAAGAAUUUGCUAAAAAUAGGUUAGAUGUUCAACUGGCUGUCCUUUCACACCAAACCUAAAACACAGGAAGCCUCACAGCCACUUAGGCGACACCAAAUGAUGUCACGUGUAGCUAUAGAUCACGUGAUAUACGCCUCGGAAAAAAAGAGCUCGCAUUGAGCGUGUAUAUUUUCUUCAUGUGCUAAAGUUUAGAGCCGCUGAAAGUUAAGUGCUUUCGCUCAGGAAAUCCCUGAAUUCCCUUUUGAUGUCGAGGAAGAAGAGCAUUUGGCGGAAAGGGUAGUGGUUGAGGUCCUGAUAUGCCGAUUGCUCUUAAAAUGACUUAGAAGACGCUAAAGAGAUGAUUUAGUUAGGUGAUCAACACCGGGGAAGCCUUGAAAAGCAAGCUGUCUUUCUUUGGAUAGUGAAAUGGCUGGUGAGGAAAGGUCUGGAUACUCUAUCAGCACAGAUCCAGAGUCCAUGAGUGUCGAAUUAAAACCGUCAUACGCUUCGGUUAAAAAAGAGAGGUCUUUUUCACAGGUCGAUACGCGCUCGAAAAAAGGUUGUAUUCCCUUGUUUUUUGAGCGAGCUUCUUCUCAAUGGUGGAAGCCCUCAUUUGAUUCGGAAAUUUUGGAAGAGGAGUUUCAGCGUUUCACUUCCCACAACCAAAGGCGUCUCGUCCACGCUCUCGUAUUUGUAUGCCUCGUUUGUGUCACCUGGGGGAUAUUUUUUGCGGUUCUGCUCAAGAGUGAAGGCUAUCAGAUCUUAGUAGGAGCUGGGUUUUUUUUGGGGUUAGUGAUCUCCUUAAUACUGUUUACUAAAUUCAGCAGAUUGUACAAGAAAUGUGCAUCGUUUGUUUCGUUGCUCGCGUCUGUUUUACUGAUCGCCAUGGAACUUUGCCUGUUCGCUUUGCGAGAGAGGGGAACAGCUCUUUCGAACCCGGCUCGAUUUUGUAUGUGUACAUGUGUUAUCAUGCUGAUUUAUACCAUGAUCCAUUCGCUUCAUUUGUACAUCUGCAUUGUAAUGACGGUGGCUUUUUCUGUCGCUCACGAAGUUCUCUCUGACGUGGUCACCGACGAAAAGGAAAGAGACAGCCAGCCCAAGGAAAUCAUCUGUCGUUUAAUUUUGCACAUGUGUAUUCAUCUGUUUGGAAUUCAAAUCUUUUUCAUGGCCCAAGUACGAGAAAGAAGCACUUUCUGGAAGGUUGGUCAAUGUGUUGUUGCUCGUCGCGACUUGGAAAUUGAAAAGCAGGUGAAAGAACAGAUGAUCCGAUCGGUAAUGCCGGAUUUAGUGGCCAAAGAGCUGCUUGUGGUCGAAGAAAUGGAGGAAGAUCCGAAGGACAGUACAAACGGCAAGAAAAGACGACGAAACAAAGGCCAGAUGGUCUUCCGACCGUUUCAGAUGCAUCGCAUGGAGAAUGUCAGCAUUCUUUUCGCCGAUAUCGUGGGCUUCACCAACAUGUCUUCCAAUAAGUCUGCUGAGCAAUUAGUUAGGCUCUUGAACGAUCUCUUUGGACGCUUUGAUCGCCUCACAGAUAUCAAUAACUGCGAGAAAAUCAGCACCCUUGGUGAUUGUUAUUAUUGUGUGGCAGGAUGCCCUGAAGCGACAGCCCAUCAUGCAUUUAAUUGUGUGGAGAUGGGACUGGACAUGUUGGAACAAAUCAAAGAAUUUGAUGCGGACACCAAGAAUGAAGUUGACAUGAGGGUGGGCGUUCAUACAGGGACUGUUCUAUGUGGUAUUGUUGGCUCGCUACGCUUUAAAUUUGAUGUUUGGUCCAAUGAUGUAAACUUAGCAAACCGCAUGGAAACGGCUGGUCUCCCUGGACGUGUACAUAUCACUGCAACAACACUUAAGUUUCUUGCUGGUCACUAUAUUGUGGAAGAUGGUAAUGGCAGUUCACGUUAUCAUGGCUUGGAAGGUAUUAAGACUUACUUCAUUGUUGGUCGUAAGAACGGUAUGAAGAAACCAAUGAAUCUGCUUCACCCAAGUGGACGCAAAAAGAAACCAGCAAACCUAAACGCCAUCAAUGUCAGCAUGAAUGAGAAUGCUUCUCAUUACAGCAGUCCACAAGAAAACAAGAAGCAUGUCAAGAUCUCAGAACAGAUUACCUCCUCAGAUGUGAUGUUUAACUCUGAUUCAAACAUUUCCAGUCAAGGUGAGUCAAGUUCGGACAAUGGUCCUAAAAUCCUUAAAGGCAACCUGAAAGUCAAGCCUGGUGUCAUUGAAAUGGACUAUUGCAGUGGAACUUCAAUCCGAUCUGAUGAUGAUGAUGAAGAUUCUAAUGGAAGAGUGCCAGAGGGUCAAUGCUCUCCUCAAGUUUUGGGCUUAUCCCUGAAUGAAGCUUUAAUGAGGGAUACUCUGAGAACAAACAAUGAUCAGCAACUUGUCAACUUGAUGAGUCAAGAGAGUACUAGCGAUGAGUACUUUCACAGGUCAAUGAACCCUUGCACCCUACAGUUUCAUGACAGAGAAACUGAGGGACGAUAUCAGAAUGAAGGUCAGGACUGUACGUUGUUGAACCCUUCGGUGACAACGUUUGCAUCUCCCAGAGUGAACUUCUUUUUAGAUGUGUUGCUUUCCAACAUUAUUUAUCUAGUCAUAAUGAUUUUAGGCUUCACACUCUACCAACCUGUUCCAUUAGCAGUGCAGGUCUUGUCGCCAAUUUCAAUUGUUAUUGAAAUAACAUUGUUCUGCUUGACAGUUGCCAGAGCAUUUCCACAUUUAUAUUCUGUAUGUAUACACCAAAUUGUUGGUUACAUUUGCGGCUGGUUCACAAGCCAUCUUAUAGGAGCUCUUUUAAUGUGUCUUCCCAUGGGAACACUCUUUGCAAACUUCAUGAACUGUAAGGACCGUACUGAUUCAAAAGCAAGAGAAUUCUACUCCUUAAUAUUUGCUGUGGCACUUUUACAUUUCUGCAAUUUCACUCAACUUACAUCUUGGAUGAAGACUGUACUUGCUGCUGUGUUUUCUAUUACAUACAUUAUUUUGCUUACUUAUGACGAAUUUUGUGCAUUUCGGCCUGGAGCAGAAUACAAUGAGCGUUUAGGCUUAGAAAUCAUGGUUUGCAUUGGCUUACUUCUGAUUUUUGUGUGUGUGUUAAAUCGUCAGUUGGAAAUGAGCGUACGACGUAAUUUCAAUGGAGAUGAGGAAGCUGCUAAAGACAAACGAAAAGCGCAAAUGCACAAAGAGCAGGCUGCCUGGCUACUGGAGAGCAUUUUCCCUAAACAUGUAGCAGAUGCACUAAAACUGUCUAGUCAUUACUCACGGAACUAUGAAAAUGUUGGAGUAAUUUUUGCUUCAAUAGUAAACUUUUCUGACUUCUAUGAAGAGAACUUUGAAGGUGGCAAGGAAUGUAUCAGAGUUUUGAAUGAACUUGUUGGUGACUUUGAUGACCUUCUGACAGACAAAAGCCAGUUUAGCCAAGUGGAGAAAAUCAAGACAGUCAAUGGCUCAACCUUUAUGGCUGGGGCUGGCCUCUACCCAGAAGGUUGUGCCAAAAAAGAUGCCCACCCAUAUGACCACCUGAAGCAACUUGUUGAAUUUGCUUUGGGAAUGAUCAAGGUUGUUGACAAAUUCAAUGAACACAUGCUGGGAUUUGAGUUUCAUUUACGGAUAGGAUUUAAUGCUGGGCCAGUCACAGCAGGGGUCAUUGGUACAACAAAACUUCUCUAUGACAUAUGGGGAGACACAGUGAAUAUUGCAAGCAGAAUGGACUCCACUGGUGUGAAAGGGAGAAUACAGGUCAGCGAGGCAUCUAAGAAACUUCUUGAUGAAUUCUUCACAUUUGAGCGUAGAGGAACUAUCCCAGUCAAGGGCAAAGGCCAUAUAACCACCUACCUCCUCACUGGAAGAAGAACAGAGGCAAUUACAGAAGCUGGUGCUUGUAUUUGUGAAGAAAUCAGGGAAACUGUCAUUGAUUGAGAGUGAAGUGGCAGGCAUCUUGUAGUCAUGUAUGUUAUUACAUAUAAAUAUACAUAUACUAUUAUAUAUUAAAAAUAUAGGGUAAUGACAAAUUAAGUUGACAUUUGUAAAGAAUUAAAAUUUUAAAGUAUGUGCUCUUCAUGUUAUAUUUAGUAAGUGUAUAUUUAAAAUUAGAUUGGAAAAUAGUAAGAGUUCUAUUGGAAACAUUUUAAAAAUACUUAAAAGAGAAAAUUUUUAGAUAAAUUUGAUGCCAAGUAUAGCAAAUGUAAAAGUAAUUAAAUAAUAUCAUAUAAGAAAUAUGUUUCUAUGGAUACAGAACUUCAUACCCACUGAUUUAUUAUUGACUCAUAACAAAGAGGCAAAGAUUCCCAAACAGAUUUCUAACAGAUGUAUGUCCAACUUGAAUUAAUAUUUCCAGCCUGGGUUUCGUUUCUGAAUGCAGUUGUUUGACCAAGUCCAAAUGUUCCCAAAUUGCUUUGGGUAAGAACCAGCCAUAGAUAGUAAUUACUAUUAGCAUACAUUGUAAAGCAGAUCAAGCUUUACAUUUUUUUUCAGUGACCCAUUUCUGUUUUCAGGUAGGUUUUUGAUGGCUGGUUUUCCAAAUUUCAGCAUCUUUUGACAGACACAAUUACUGUGGAUGAUCUGAUUAUGUGCUUUUAGAAAAGGGAAAAUAAAUUGCUUUCUUUAUUUGUUUAAUAAGCACGUCUUCUGAUUCUAGUUGUGUGACUCACCAUUUGAUAUGAGAAAACAUCAUUCAAGGUAGCUAUUCUUCCACUAUGGGCAUGAGUGAGAAGCAUAUCAUCAGCUUCACUUAUUUAAGCUUCAAUCUGUAUGGCUGACCUAUUUUGUGUGGUCUAAUCUGUUAACUGUGGGAGUCACUUAUUUAAACAAAAAGGCAAGCUUUUUUAACACAAUAUUUUGUUAUGCUGUCAUGAAGUUCAUUCAUCUUCAUGGAGGAGUUAAAAUUUGGAUCCUGAAAAGUCUGGUUUUCCAAUCAAUAUCUAUGAUAACUGGAAUAGGUAUCUGCUUUCUCACUUAUAAGAUGUUUUGCUGAAUUAUGUAAUAUGAAUGUAUUUCUCAUCUUGAGCUUUCUUUAAGUGGUGAUGGACAAAUUUCUUAUUAGUUUAUUUCAAAUUUAGUUACUGGUAUAUUGUUUGGGAGAAAAGCCAAAUGUUAACCUUACAAAAAGGAUUUAAUGCUCAGACAGUGUUACUUUACAGAACCAUUUUAUGUAUUGUUAAAUAAAUAAAUAUUGAAAUGCUGUUAUUUGAUGAUCAUUUUUUACGUGUUGCUGCCAUUUAACAUUCAAGCAAUGAAAAUCUUUCACUUAAAAAAAGUUAAUUUUAACUGGAUUGAACUUCAGUAUUAACUGAAUGCAAAAUAUUUGCAGUGACUAAGGUAUCCAGCUGAAAAAACUACAUAAACAGUAAAUUGUUGAGUUCUAGCAGCCACAGCAUAAUUAUUUACUUUGAUUAAAGUUAAAUGCAGGGUCAUUUUGGAUUUCAUGAUGAAAGUCAAAUUAGUUAAUUUAUGAAUUAUGAGGAUGGUUUUCCAACAACUUUUUCAUGUUUUGAUGCUUACUAUGUGCCUCUCAGUUUUGUUUUAAAUUACAAAUUGAUGAUUAAUACUUCACUGCCUGCUUGUCAAUUAAAGACUGGCUUAUUAAAAUUAACUGCAAUGACACUAUUUUAACCGUAAGGUCAGUGUAGGAAGAUUUUAUAACUUUUGGUUUGCAUGUAUAAUGAAACUACCUGUGACAUGAUUUAAAUUAUUCUGUUCAAUACUCAUGAUGCAAGAGUUUUUUGAUGGCAUGACUGCUAUUUUUGUUGGCUUAACAUUGAAAGUACUGAAGCACACUCUAACAAAGCUUUAAUGUUUUAAACACCUUUCAACAAUGCAAGCACUUCCAACUAAUUUUACUUGAUAGAUAAAUGUUCAUCUAGUCUGAAAGAAUAAUGUUAUGAAAAAAGAUCAAGACCAUCAUUCACUUACUACUUGCUGAGUGUGUGAAACAAGACAAUACUUGAUGCCCAAGGGUUGAUUUCUAAAACUGUAAACAUUCAUUCGGGUUUAACUAUUAAAACCUUAAAGCUUUUAUGUCUCUUAUGCCAUAAAUAGAUGAAUAUUGUAAAUAUUUUACAGCGCACCUUUAGCAUUAGGGUUACUUGUGGAAAUCUGACCAGAAGUCAUAGAAAGUGAACAGUAAAUCCCAUUUAAAUGUGUUGUCUGUGCUUGCUCUGGUCACACUGGUUGGAACAACCGAGUUCAUUGUUCUUUUCCCGUAAUGUGAUUGAUUAAUUUUGAUAAAGCAACCCUGCUAACAUUAGUGGCAUUGUAAAUCUCAACUUCCAUGACCAUCAUUUUUUAUAUAGGAUGUAAAUAUGAAAAUUAUGAAUUAAUUUUUUUGAUCUACAAACAAUUAAAUACUUAAUUUAAUUAAUUCUAAUUACUCAAAUAAUUCAAAUAUAUUCACCAAAAAUAACCAUGAGAUUUUUGUUGAUUUAUUUUUAUAGCUCUAACAAAUAUUGAUUCAACAAGAUCUUAUAGUUAGGUCAAGAACUAAACUUUAAAGUGUAUGUUGUACAUAUUCUUGCAAUAGCUGUUUGCUCCUUGGCUAAACAUGUUUUAUUGUAGGAUAAAAUUUAUGUGUAAGUAAGUCAAAAAGAAUUAAAUGACAAAAGAUGU